AUUCAUUUUCUACAAAAGCGUGUUCAGAGCUACCCACCUUGCACUUCCGACACAGCUGGCAGAAUUUCGCCAUAAGUCGUAAAGGAGUGAAGCCGAAAAUAUUUGUUUUGUAAUGUUGGGUAUGUUGAAGGAGGAUAAGGGGACGGUAGGGCUGGUUUUAUGUUUAAUUACAGUUUCUACAAUUAUUAGAAAUUCGGAAGGGCAUACUUAUCAAUCGGAAGACACAACAGAUUAUUUACUCUGUCGAGGUUGUGGUGCUGAUAUAGCAGAUGCCAGUUACAUUCGUAAUCGUUUUAGUCCAGAGGCUUUAAUCCAUGGGAAUCAGUCACUUUUUGGAAAACAGAGUGUUGCAGUUCAGCUUUUAGAAAAUCCAUUGGGUAUAAGGUUUCGAGUGGUGGUUGUGAACAAAGCACAUUGCAUCGGAGUGGACGAAUGGCAUAGUGAAUUUUCUUGGUAUCCUGGUUAUGCAUGGAAACACUGUUUAUGUUCACACUGUGGUCACCAUUUAGGAUGGAUUUUUGAACCUCUGGCAUCAGCAGUUGCAGAUCGUAAAAUAGCGUCAGACCACGGUUUUUAUGGACUGAUUUUGGAUAAUGUGCUGAGUGAGAGCUUUUCAGAUUCUUUGAUGGUUGUGCCAAAAUCAUAUAAAAGUUGAUGAACUGAAAAGGAAAGGACCCCUGCAAAGAAUUGUAACUGAAACAGU